GUCGACAAAUAUAAAAAGGAGAAUGAAACUCCGAAAGAAAACACAAGCAUGCAUGAUGAAAGUUGUGAUGAACUUCAGUUUCAACUUAAGACAGAUACUAUGCCAGACGAUUUUGCGAAUGAAAAGGAUGGAAACGUUUUACAUCAAAGUCAGACUAAAGUCCACAAAAAUAAAAAGGAGAAUGAAACUCUUAAAGAAAACACAAGCAUGAAUGAAGAAAGUUUACAUCAAGGUGAUGAACAGUUUCAACAAAAGAUUGAUACUAUAUCAGACGAUGUUGCAAAUGAAAAAGGUGGAAACGUUUCACAUCAAAGUCAGACAAAAGUCCACAAAUAUGAAAAGGAGAAUGAAGCCCUGAAAGAAAAAAUAAGCAUGCAUGAAGAAAGUUGUAAUGAACUUCAGUUUCAACUAAACACUGAUACUAUGCCAGACGAUAUUGCGAAUGAAAAGGAUGGAAACGUUUUACAUCAGAGUCAGACUAAAAGCAAAUGUGCAGAGAAUGACAUUCAGCAAUAUUUAGACGGAUACCCUGAUCAAGAGGAUGAUCUUAUGCGGGAAGAAAAUUACAAAUUCUUCAUGGAUGAGAUUCCUUCACGACCUAAUGGUGAUUACAUUGAUACUAUUCAUAACGAAUGGUGGGGUGAUUAUAAAAGAUUAGAAGACAAUCGAAAAUAUAUGCAGUGGUUGUUUCCAGUAAGAGCAAAGAGCUGUAAUAGACAAGCCCAGGAACUAUUUCCUCAUGAAAUAAAGAAAAUUUGUGAUUGUAAGGAGGCGCAAGAUAGACUUAUACUAUCGUACAAGAUGAUGCUAGACUUUUAUGGAAUGCAACUAGAAAACGAAAAAGAUGGUACAGUUGUAAGAUCAGAUAACUGGGAAGAAAGAUUUGCAAAUUUAAAUAGAUCGAAGCACAAUCAUAACAGAAUAACAAGAAUUCUGAAAUGUCUGGGUGAACUAGGAUUUGAACAUUUGAAAAAGAACUUUAUUGAGUUUAUUUUAGUUGAAAUAUUAGAGACGAAAACCCUCGUGUACUUGCAGGAAAGUUGCUGCAAUUACUGGAUUGCAAUUUUAAAAGACCCAAGUGAGAGAGCGGAAAUGAGAGUCUUUUACGAACAGCUUAUUAAAAAUAUGUCUGAUUCUUUGACAUAGUGAAAAUGUUUUUUUUAGGAAUGUGUUCUUUAUUCUAAUUAUAAUGUUAGUAAAAUCUAAAUAAUUGA